AAACGUAAACAAACGUCGCCGAGCUCAGUGUCGAGGACCGAGGGAGAGAGUGAGGAUCGCGCUCUCGUUCUUUUUGUCUCCCUCUCUCUCGCGAGCAACACGUCACGUCUUCGUCUUGUGGUCAAUCAUGAGGAUUUCCGUGACGACUGAGAAUGAGAUAUACCCCCUGGAGGUGGCUCAGGAUCUGGAGCUGGAGAAUUUCAAAGCCUUGUGUGAAAUGGAGGUAGGAAUUCCAGCCGGAGAGAUGAUGGUUGUUUUCAAUGCACAACCGCUCACUGAUGAUAAGAAGACCCUGAAAGACUAUGGUGUUAAAGAUGGAGAACUCAUUAUGGUGAUCCGUGGCACUACACUUCUGAGACGGGCGGCAGAGCAUAUGCAGCAGCAGCGACAAACACAAGGAGGGCAGAGGCAGCAAAACCAAGGGCCUGUUCCUAUGGAGAUCAGCCAGUUCGACUUCAGCAGAAUUGAGCUCCCCAGGUCACGGCAGACUAGCACCUCCUCUGCAACCUUUAAUGACUCCCAGGGUGGAGAUCAGGGCCAGGGUCAAGAACAGGGCCAAGGUCAAGUAGCAGGUCAGGAAGGUGUGGAGGAGAACCUGGGUGAUGAUGGGGACUUGGGCCUGGGCGCCGCAGGAAGUGGCCAGGACGACCCAGCCGUCAUCCGUGAUAUGCUGCUGGCCAACCCCGAGCAGCUGGCCCUCCUGCGCCACAAUAACCCCAGGCUUGCAGAAGCUCUCACAAGUGGGGACUUAGACAAGUUUGCUUCUGUGCUCCGUGAACAACAAGAGAUGCGAAGAGAUCGUGAAAGACAGAGAAUUCGAUUGCUUACUGCAGAUCCUUUUGAUAUGGAAGCUCAGAGGCUCAUUGCAAAUGAAAUUCAGCAAGAGAACAUCAAUGCCAACAUGGAAGCGGCAAUGGAGUACAACCCAGAGAGCUUUGGCACCGUCCAUAUGCUUUACAUCAACUGCAAGGUUAAUGGGCAUGAUGUGAAGGCUUUCAUUGACUCAGGUGCACAAACCACUAUCAUGUCUCAGGCAUGUGCAGAGAGAUGCAACAUAAUGAGGUUGGUUGACACCAGAUGGGCUGGCAUAGCAAAAGGUGUUGGAACUCAGAAGAUUAUUGGCCGAGUCCACAUGGGCCAAAUACAGAUAGAAAAUGACUUCCUUGCGUCCUCUUUUAGCAUACUGGAAGAACAGCCAAUGGACAUGCUUUUGGGGUUGGAUAUGUUAAAAAGACAUCAGAUGUGCAUCGACUUGAAAAACAACAAACUGCACAUUGGGACUACAGGCACAGCCACAACCUUCCUAAGUGAAAGUGAACUGCCAGACUGUGCCCGUCUGACCUCUCUCUCAGAAGAGGAGGCUCGUCGCCAAUCAGAAAAGGCUGCCAAAGAGUCUGAGGACCGUGCAUUGGCCGAAGCCUUGGCCGCUAGUUCCAAGGAAGGUAACUCAGGUGGAUCAAGUGGUUCUUCUGCAUCUGGGGCUACGCAACAUGCAGCAGAGCAGCAGCAGUCUUCCAGUCCCCCCAGUGAGGCAGCAGUCCCUGCCACAGCCCCUGCCACAGCCCCUGCCGCAGUUCCAGAAGCUACAGCUCAACAAGACAACUUCUCUGAAUCGGAUAUUCAAGAAAUUAUGCAAAUUGGGUUCACUAGAGUUCAGGCCGUUGAAGAACUUAGACGACAAAAUGGAAAUAAGACUCAAGCAAUAGCUGCACUCUUUGCAAAGUCAUUCAAAAUGUAGUUCCUUAUUUUUUUAGGGAUAAGAUACAUGUUUAGCAAUACUAUUUCAAAAGUUAUGGUUCUUAUUUUGCAAUAUAAUAUAGAUGGUCAAUAUUUCUGGUAAGGGUUUAGAGUUUCUUGGAUAUUGUGAAGUGAUAUAGACAUGGCUCGUAUUGAGCCUUUUAUCAAAUGUGAAAUAUGUUUGAAUAAUGAGGUUGACUUCAUGUUUAGGGAGGUUAAUGCUAGACAAGGAAACCAUUAAUGAUUUGUUUUCAUACCUUAAGAUUGGACAAGUCAAAAGGGCCUUUCUGAGUGAGCUUGGAUUGCAUUAUCUCGCCUUUCUGUUGUUUGAUUAUUGUGGAUAUCAGUUGGCCGGGAUAGAAUUAUGUACCUAACUUAUUUCUUUAUAUUAUUUUAGUCAUUUGUAUACUUUGUUACCAUGGCACUUACAGUGUAUCAGAAUACUGAAUGAAAAUUGCAUUUAUUUGCAUUCUGUAGUUAGUCUUUGUUUCUGGUUUUAAAGGCCUGAUGGAUAUUCAGCAGAGAUAAGGAGUGUCCUUUGUUUGGCUCUGAACUUUUUGAAAUAGUUGUUCUAAAUGCCUGAUAUUAAGAACAAUACAUCAGAGAUUGCAUUUAAAAAGGGGUUUCUUUUGAGCAAGGAGAUUUGCGAUUUUUGCUUUUAUCUCGAAAUUCGAUCAAAUACAUUUGUGUUCAACGGAAAGAUACAAAUGUGAUUCCGCUUGGCUCUCAUCAGGAAAAGUUAUCAGAUGAAGUACAAGAGACAUAGAUAUUCCAGUGCUAUGUUUGUUACAGGUGACUCAGUUGCAAGGUGCAAGACCUUUAGAAAAUUAUAUAUGCUCUAAUUUUGUAGUUGAACACAUCUCAUUACAAUUCAAUUUUAUAAUGUAGAGAUUAGGAGUUAAAAAGUCCCACUGUUAAAUAAACCAUUUUGCAUUAUCAUUUAUUUGAUGUAGAUUAUGACAGUACUUUAUAUUUUACAGUAGGUGUUAUGCAAAUCAGACGAAGUAUUUUAUACUAUACAUUAAAGAGAAAAUAAAAAAUUUUAUCAAUUAGUGAUGGAUCAUUGAUGUUUUCAUUUUAGCUUGAAAUUAGUUCACUUGUAACACUCACUCACUCACUCACUCACUCAGUCACUCACUCACUCAGACACACUCACUCACACUCACUCACUCACUUCACUCACUCACUCACUCACUCACUCACUCACUCACUCACUGUCCCUCCUUUUACAAGGCACUGAAACAUUAACUAGUAGCUCUUGGCCAGAGUCAUUACUUAAUGUCCAUAAAAUGUUAUUGAAAAGAAAUUAAAAUGUAGCUCAUCAGAGGAUUAUCAGUUUGUAUUUAAAUCAAUGUUGUAUAUCAGAGUAAGACCUGGGUGUAUCAGUUAUCAAGUCAUAGAAAAAUAUCAUAUAACUUCUGGAAGUGGAUUUUAAGUACUGAAGGCAUCUUUCUUUGCAUCUACCCAGAAACCUUACCCUUCUUUCUUGGUUAAGAAGUUGAUUGGUCUGUAUACAGCAGGGGUGCACUCAUUAUGGGGCUCUAGGGGGCCAGCUCCACCCCUUCCUUGUAAGUAAUGAAAUACCCUAACAGUUGAUUAAAAAAAAAGAAAAAAAAAAUCCAAUUAGUUCUGGCUUUCUGACCACAUCACCUCCAUUUCCGCAUGGAGUAAGGAUGUGUGCACUCAACGAAGGCACUUCCUUUUCUAAAUUUCGCUAAUGAUUUAGAAAUCGUGUGGAGAAAUGUUAAAUAUGGAUUGCAGGUGAAGUCAAGGACUGUCAUGUGCAGAUGAAACUUGUUUGCUGCCUGUUGCACUUUAAAAUAUAUAUCACACUUACAUGUUUAAGUCUGAUAUUCUCAUUUCUCAUAUCACUGUGCAAUAAUGGAAUAUGUGUAUGAAAACUGCUGGCUGGCAAUAGUGGGAUAAUUAAAACUGACAUUACUGUUUUCCUAAGCAUAUAAACUGCCCUCUGCAUAUAGUCCAUUUAUAGUCCAUAUAUAGAAGGCAAUUAUAUAAUAAAAUGGAACAUUUUUAGCUUAUACAACCUCUAGGAAUCAUUGGAAAAUGAAAUGGUUCUUGACUUCUACCAGAUAAAGAGACAUUAUCAUUUUUUAAACCCUCCUCUCCUGAGUCCUAAUGCUUAGAAGCAUUCAAAGUGAUAUGCCUAAUUCUUAAAAUAAACAGAUAUACAGGUCUGAUUAUAAGUGAGGAACACAUUUAUUGUAAAUGACAGGCAGAAAGAUAAAGAUUGUAUAUCAGCCAAUCAACUGAUUUAUCAUUGAAAGGUAUGGCUUCUGGGCAUACAUGAAAUAAAAGUAUGUAAAGAAUUGUGUGAUCAAAAUAUCAGUAAAAAUGUCAUUUCUGUGAUUAUAAGAUGUUUAACUAAGCACAUUAGAGUAAUGUACCGACCUGAGAGAUCUUUUAUUUAAUAUUUUAAUAAUAUUUCAACUAUUUACUAUGGAAACACAAGUACAAUUGGCAUUAUUUGUGCCAAACAUGGAUCUCAAAUAGUUGCUGAAAAUAAGCAUGAAGUAGCUCUUGCCACUUGGUAUAAUAGUAACACCUGACCUUGUAAACCAGAGAUUCAUAUUGGUAUAGUGACACCAGGCAUCUCUGCAUAAUAUGUUUUCUUUAUGCAUCAACCUUACUUUUGUUAUAUUGCCAUAAUUUCUUGUUUUUGAAAGUAAUGAAACAAUUCUCUAUCUACAAGAGAAGUAUUAGUUAAUCUCUACCCUGUUUUUUCUUAUUUUCUUUCCAUCUUUUCCAGACAAAUUACCAAAUCCCAUGUUAGUUUGGCUUUCAUGGUUUAUUAGAACCCAUAACUGGAGCUUACCCUUACUGCCAAAAGAUGAUACACUAUUGCUCACCAGAAUGAAAAGUGUUUACUGAGUUUAACAUUUUUCAGGCAAGAUAUUUCUUCUUGUUUUAAAUGUGAUAAAGUUUAAUUUGAAUAGCAGCUUUGUUAGCCUUGGCAUAUUGGAGAGUUCACAGGAUGAGAAUGGAAAAGCAGUGAUCAAGGACCCUCAAAGGUGUGAGUGUGCAUUACUCUCUUGCCCCUCAGGUGGGUGCCGUGCAGCCAGCUUUCUAUGGUGUGGUGUUGUUGGUCCAAAAUAUUCCUCAGUGGUUAACACGACCUCUGCCUCCUUGGUGGUUUCCUAUGUUUCUUAUAAGAUUAUUUUCCGUAUAGAAUGUUCUGUGUACAAAAGGUUGUCAUUGAUCUUUAUUCUUCAUGUAAAUAUGUCAUAGUUUAGAUUUUCUGUAAUUCAGGAAAAUAUUCAUAAAUAUUUUAUUAAAAUUUUCAUAUUGCAUAAUUUUUAUAAUGAUUUUCAUUUAUUAAGCUGCAAAUUAUAGUACUUGUAGGAGGAAAAUAUGUUACAUUAACCUGUGCACUAGUUACAUGGACUGGAUGAAAAUUGUGACAGAAAUCUGUGAUUAAAAAAAAAAAAAAAAAAAAAAA